AUGAAGUGGCCCCCUCUUCUGACCUUCCUGUGCCUCCUGGCGGCCCCGGCUGGCGGGAACCUGGUCCAGUUCGGGGUGAUGAUCGAGAGGGUGACCGGGAGGCCCGCGCUGCAAUACAACGACUAUGGCUGCUACUGCGGCGUCGGCGGCUCCGGCUGGCCGGUGGACAAGACAGACUGGUGCUGCUACGCCCAUGACUGCUGCUACGGACGCCUGGAGAAGCUGGGCUGCGAGCCCAAAAUGGAGAGGUACCUCUUCUCCGCCACCAGGCACAGCAUCUUCUGCGCCGGCAGAACCAGCUGCCAGCGACGGACCUGCGAGUGUGACAAGAAGGCCGCGCUCUGCUUUCGCCGCAACCUGGGCACCUACGACCGCAAAUAUGCCCAUUACCCUAACAGGCUGUGCACUGGGCCCACCCCGCCCUGCUAAGGGCGUGCUCUGCCUCCCGCCCGAGGCCUCCGGAGGGCUAGCACCAAAGGCUCUCCCGCCGGAAAACUCCUUUCCCGGAAGCCCAUCCUUCCCUGAGAGGCCCCAGACUCAGCCCUGGACCAUCCCUGGCCUCCUGGCCACAGCGCCCUCAUACCGGGGACGGGGCCUGGGACACCCAGAAGAUUCUACAACCCAUCCCCUGGGCUAUCAGUCCCCUCUUCUGAAUAUGUGAAUAAUGUUUGCCCAGGAUUCUGACACCAGCCCUCGGAUUCUGCCGUAGGGCUUCAUCAGUCUCCGGUUCCAUUCACUCCUCUGUUUCUUGAGCACCCAGCAACGUGCUAAGCACGAGGACACGGCGUGGGUCUGGCUCGGGCGGCCCCUGCAUGCAGUUCCAACACUCUGUCCUUUCAAUUUUCCGUUACAGUGAGUUUUUGUGAUUCUCUUUUUUUCUAACGUCUUACUGUCUUAUCCGAGAUAAUAAUGGCAGUCUCUAGCAGGAAUAUUUCUGGCCAUAUGGCGUAAUGUGAAAAGCACGCAAAAUACCAACCUAAAAAUAUUGUCCCCGCCGUGUCAUCAGGCUUCAAAUCCCUCCCAUUAGAAUUCUGGCUUAGAGUGAAAAGAGGCUCUCAAAUCAUCUUAUUCAAAGCCCUCCCUUGGCAGAGGGGCACCCAGGAGGUCAGAGGGAAGGUUCUACCUGGAGGGGUGUCCUCACUCCCAAGCCAGUGGACCUUCUUCUUCGUGAGUCGAUAUCAGUCACUGCCCCUCUGCUUGUCAUCACGGACAACCCAGAGUGCCCAGGGAAGAUCAGCUGUGAAGAUACCCACGCCAGGCCCGGCUCCUGAUACGGGGAGGGGAAGAGGCAAGAUGUCUACAUCCUACAUCCAGCAUCCUGAGGCUGACUUUGGAGCCAAUUUAAUGCACCAAAGGAUUCCCAUCAGAUUGGAAUGCAGCCUACCUGGCAAGAAAUAGGCUUCAGCAGAUUCUACUCCUAAAUACAGACAUGACACUCCACUGUCUGUAAUAUGCUGAGAAAAUCUCCCAGGGUUGGGAUGAGCCUAUUCAGUGAGAUAAAGCAUGUAAAAACACACUGCGCAGGCAAAGCUCACGGUGCUCAGGGAAUAAACGUGCACUCCCUCUCUCCAUUUCUUGGCGUGUGUACAACGUUCAGGGCUUUGAGGGCAGGAAAGAGCCUGAAGCCAUCGAAAGGACGAUCAUCAUAAAUUUUAAAAGGUGAAGAAGUUCUCUGCCGGCUAAACAAACAAGAGAGGGGCAGAUGUGUGUGCUUUGCUGCCAUGACUGACUCAAAUCCUGGGUGAAAAAUCACCAGGAGAUGAGGUCUUAAAGUGCCACGGGGACGGGUGGGGAAGAGAGGACCGCGUUUGUUAGGAAGCGUGGUCCGGAGGCGCCCUCUGGUGCCCAUUUCGUUCAGGCUGCCGGGAGGAAACAAAUUUGGUUUAAACCUGGAUUUCCCUUUGUCAGGGGGACAACGGGUGUUUCAGGGCUAGUGAGAUCAGUCCUCUCAUAUUUUCAAUAAUAAACAAGCUGAGAAAUAACAAGUCCUAAAGACCUCUCAGAAUGGUGGUGCCGCUGCACACACGAGAAACACAGGAAGAAGGAUCUGACUCGGGAGAGAUGAAGACAAGGUGGUGUUCUGGGCAUGAUGCAUGGCUGCAAGGACCUGGUGACGCGACAGUUGUUUAACCAUCGGACAGGGUGAAAAUUAGAGCUUGAGAGCAAGCCUGGGUGCAGCCUGUUUUCCCAGGAAUCAAUAAAUGUUUGGUGAAUGAGUAAA